AUGGAGGAAGAAAGCCAGUGUUAUAUAAUUUCAUUGCCUAUUGAAGUGCUAACUUUAAUACUGCGAAAGUGUAAAUCUCAAGAUAUUGUGGCUUUUGCUUCAACUUCUAAAGAUUUCAGGGAGAUAGUUUUAAAUAAUCAGACGCUUUGGAAGUAUCAAUUCAAACCCGAAAUACCAUAUUAUAUGUUUGAAUCAUUAGAGAAGAAUGGAGAUGGUAACUGGUUCUUUGAGAUAACAGAAUUUCAUUUGUUAAAAAAACGUAUCAUGAAAGAAGUGCUUGAUAUGUCUCCAAAAUAUUAUCGGCGAUGCGGUCAUUUGUCAUUAGAAGAUGUACGGUCUUUUUUUGACAUUGCUCUGUCAAGGAAUGUGAAUUAUUUUUAUGUUAUUUUUAUAUUACAAGAUUUAGUCAGAAAAGCAAAAAAGAAUAUACAUGAUGACUGUGCCAAAAAACCAUAUACAAUGACUGAAAUGAUUUAUGCUAAAAUAAUCCUACGCCAUCUGAUUCAUACGUUUCUUGCUGUGAAAUGGGUUAAGUCUCGCAUGAACAAUAAUGAUAUGCCACCAGAAUUUGUUGUAAAUUUCUUUAUGCAAUGGGCUGAUUCUUAUAACUGGCAUCAUGAAAAUGAUAUUACUGUGAUGAUCGAUCAGAUCGUUAGUAGAGUACAAAAUGUAUUGGAUGCUCAACAACCACGUUGGGCUUCACUCAGCAUAGCAGAGAGGAUCGCUUCGAAAGUCCUAAAUGAAAAGCAAGUGCUGUCCACAAUCACCCAAGUUUUAUUUCCUGAAAGAAACAUGCGGAUAACAGCCCUUGUAAACUUGAGUACUCUCAGUGUCACUCAGGCGCUUAAAUAUAAUUGUGCGAGUUUUAUUACUAUGGCAGUAAUCUACAAUGCUGUAGCAAAUCGUUGCUGCGUAGGUUGUAAGCUGGUUUCGUUUCCCAGUCAUCUGUUCCUGGAGUGGCGUGACAUGAGCGAUAUAAGACAGACUGUCCCAUACUCGAUCGAUCUUGGCUCGGGUGAACUGCGCCCAAAGCGUCGUUGUCCAUUCUCCAAAACGGAUCACAUUGCUACUUACAAAUAUUGCCCAGAUUCUCUUCUGCAAUAUAUUUACUCGGUAUUUAAUUCGUGCAAGGAAGGCGUCAGGGAUUGGAGUAAACAAAACUCAACGCACCUGUUAGACUUCCUGGGAAAUAGAUACAGCGACUUGAACCCUUACAGAAAUUUCCUCACUCACCUUAAUGGAAACCCUCUGAUGUCUUCUAUGAAUGCAGAUCUCGAUAUAACAAAUUUACAAGAUGAACAAAUUCAAAUUAUUAGAUCUCUAGCUUAUUUGAAUACACCUGUCGAGCCUAUCCAGAAUGAAGUUUUAGUGAGAAGGCGUAACGGCCACGUGAAGUAUGCCGUCGGAAUGGUGUGUUGCCACAAGAAGUUCGACUACGUGGGCGUCAUACGCGGCUGGGAUCACUACUGGGUACACAACUUAGCUGAUCGUAUGGAGAUCAAUCUGAAUCUGCAGUAUGGAAUAAAACAACCUUUCUACUUCGUCACCGCAGAGGAUCAAUCGAGUAGAUACGUCGCUCAAGAAAACCUUCUUCACAUUACUCAUCCCUGUCGCUUGGCAAAUCUUGAAGAUACGAUUGCACGUGAAUUUACGCACUUCGACGGAUUUGCGUACGUGCCCAACGACCAGAAACUCAAGGAGUAUCCUGACGACCCAUACAUUGUCAAUGUUUUUCGCUACAGAUGCAGACUUAUGCCUUAA